UUAUGUACAACUUCCGUCAUAUCACCUAGUACCAAACCACAAUGUGGCGAAAUUUCAGUUUAGUUUUAGUUCUAUGUGCAGUGAUUGAAAUAAGUUGUUGGAGCGACAACUGCAAUGGAUGCAGAGCUGACUAUACGAGAAAUAAACGAGCGAAAUAUUACUCCUUUCCAUCUUAUAAAUACAGUCGACCGACCUACUAUAACAGAGGACCUCUGUAUAGUUACACAUCAAAUGAUAUUGGACCAGCAGCUAAACCAAGACCGUACAAGGUUAGUAAACGACCUAUUAACGAAGGUUUGGGAGAUGAAGACUUCGAUAACUUAAUUAAUUACCUAUCCAAUAAAGAUUUAGACAAAAUUAUUAAAUUCGCUGCUGAAAAAGAAGUGUACGCGGAUAGAUAUAGAGAUUCAGAUAAUUAUGAAUAUAACGAUGAUUCCGCAAAUAGUGGUUAUGAAGAAGUUUAUCCUAAAAUGUAUGUAAAUGGUCCCAAUGUACAGUUUGAUAGUAAUAGGUAUAACAGUUUUGCAUAUAGCAAUCCUGAUGCAAACAACAUACAUUGGCAAGUUGAUAUGAAUAAUAUAAAAGUCCAUGCACCUGUAAAUACUGAAGAAUCGGAAGAAACUGAGCAACUUUCGUUAUUGGAUGAAUAUAUCAAAAAAGAAAUCAAUGUAAUGAGUAAUCAAAAUAAUGUAUUCACUGACAGUAGUACAGUAAAAGAAGAAGAAUUACCAAAGCCAUUAAACUUACGGGAAGACGAUUACGACGUGUCGUUUACGAAUAAUGUACCUUCAAUCGCUAAACCAGAGAGUGCGUAUAUUUUGGAAAACUUCGGCGAUUUACCCUUAAUGGAAUAUGAAAACUCGAAAUUGGAAAAAGUAAAUUCAUACAGCGUGCCACAUUACUCAGUAAUAUCUCCAAGCGAUCAUCGACCGCGAUUCCCAUCAUCAUCACCUUCCCUGCCAUCAUCACAAUCAUCACCAUUCUCAUCAUCAGUCCUAUCACUCAUAAACGCCCCUGAAGUGGAGCCAGCGCCUCCGGUGUCAGCGGCGAAGGAGCAAAGCGAUGCUCAUCUCAAAGCUAUCAAGAUCUGGACGCACAAAUCAAAAGGAACCGCCUACACCCUACACGACGAUGGCACUCUAUCGCUUGAAAUACCAGCAAGGCCUAGACAUAAAUACUCGUAAAGGAAUAUAGUCUUAGAGCGAAAACUGACUAGUACAGGCUUUAAAAAAAUGUUCGUCUUACGCUCAGCAGAUAUUAUUUAUUUUUAGUUUAAUAAAUUAAUUUACGCAAUGUAAUUAUACUUAUUAUAUAAACCUUAUAAUUAAUGUACUUUCU